AUGAGUAAGUUCUUGAAUACGAAGACGAAGACAUUACUGAGCGAGCGCACGACUGACCUGACCAUGCCGAGCAGGCUUGCGAGGAAUUCACCGAGACCGACGAGCAUCGAUGCCAGGCUGAACAAUCUUCUCGGGCAUCUGGGGAGCGUGGACAAAAUCCUGGUAUACGCAUUUGGAGCCUUCGACAGGUACUACAUUUGCUGGCAAGACAGGCACGGCACAUACAGGCAGGAAAGACACGGGUUACCGCCGGCCCUUGACGAAUGGCUCUUCCCUCCAGACGGAUCCAGCAGAGACCUGACGACCCUGCAAGUCUCUCUGGGCCACAAUGACGAAUUCUUCGCCUUUGACAAAUACGACCGAAUAUCACACAUCAACACCGAAUUCCGAGACAACGCAAGUAACGCUGUCCAUAGUUGCCUUUCACAACCUGCAACCUCGCUCUCACUCAGCCGGAGGAAGUCACACACAUUCUCGCAUUGGGACGAGACAAGAGGAGACGAGCGACAGGACACAGCGACGCAUAGGCGACAAUUGUCAAAGAAGAAGCUCCGGCCCAGGAGCAUUGCAAUCGCCGGAAUGUUGUCGAUGAGGCCGUCACAUGAAAGGAACCGCAGCCACGAUAGUCAGCCAUUGAAGGCAUGGCCUGAGGUGCUUUCCGAAGAAAAGCGUCAGAACCAUCCAGGACGUCCCAGAUACGCACAUGCCGGAGUGCAGACGGAUCCGACAGAAGACCAGCAGAUUGCCAGCCGCCCUUGCUUCCACGAAAUGGUAUCAAAGCCAGCGCGAUCUCGCGAUUCUUCCAUCUCAAUACUUUCGGAUAUAUCUUCUAGGACGAUCGAUUCUGGUAUUUCUCUCUCGAGCACUUCUUCAGCAUAUCUGAGGAAUCCGAUCAGUAUGGGAGCCAUGAACCGAUACUUCAGGGAGAGCCAGUACCGGCUCGGUGACGCUCUGACGCGGGCAUCACCUAUCGACAUCGGUGCCCAUUGA